AUGGCCAUCCUAGACCAGCUCGAAACACUUAUUCUAACAAACCACCCGCAACAUAAUAAUGUCGCGGAAUGUUUGGCAGAACUUGGAGCCCCGUCCAUGUCCAUCGCGGUAAUGGACAAUGGCCAAGUGUCAGCUAGGUGCUACUCUGUCGCUGGCGAUGACGCCGAAACGGCAUUUCAGGCCUGCAGCAUUUCCAAGGCAGCAAACGCAGUUGCCACCAUGAAGCUGAUUGACGAGGGUCGAUUGACUCUGAAUGGGACACUACGUGAGCUGCUGCCCAAAGAAUAUCUCGAAAUUUUACUCGACGGGUCACCGCCGAGCCAGCGACCGCUCAUUGAGAGCAUUACGAUUAAGCAACUCCUCAGUCAUACUGGUGGCCUAGCGCCAGAUAGCUUCCCCGGCUAUUCUGCGUCUGCGGCCGUUCCGACUAUGCAUGAAAUAAUUGCCGGCGAGAAACCUGCAAAUACAACUCGUUUCCGUCUGGUUUCGCUGCCGGGCCACAAGUUUGAAUACUCUGGCGCAGGAUCCACGUUGCUUCAGCUCAUCCUCGAAGCCGUCACGGGCAAGGAAUACAGAGCCCUUAUGCAGGAACUUAUUUUAACGCCGCUCCAAAUGACACGGUCUUUCUAUAAUUUACGAAAGGAAGAGGACAAGAACAUUGCCAUAACAUACCGCACUGGAUUCACGGAAUGCGACGCCAAUCACCACUACUUUCCCGAGCUUGCUGCCGCGGGUCUGUGGACCACGCCCGCUGAUUUGCUGAAGCUCAUUCGAGACGUGCAAAAGUCGGUUUCCGGAGAAGGCGGAAUAUUGAAACAGGUCACCGCAAUGGAAAUGCUCGAGGAGAUUGACGGUGGAUUCUCGCUGGGCUGGCAAAGGAGGAAGAGCAAGCCGGCUGUGUUUGGACACAGCGGCUCCAACGAGCCAGGCUUCAGGUCGCUGUCUAUGGGCUUCUUGGGCCAAGACGCCAAUGAUGAGCUCUCAAAGUCUGGAAUUGUGGUCAUGACGAAUGCCAAUACAGGGGAUUUGCUACGGGCACAGUGCAUGCAGGCUAUCAGCGCCCUCAAAGGCUGGCCGUUCCCAGACCAUGAGGCCAAGGCGCAGCGACUGGGAAGGCCAGCUUCUGAGAGCGGAGAUGGUUGGAAAGCGUGGAGCGGGGAGUGGAAGAAUAUCAAUGGGCGUUCGUUUCUCCUAAAAGAGGGCACUGGUGGUCUGCCUGUGCUGGUCUACGAUGGUUUGGCUGAGGUUAUGCUCCUGCCUGCUGUAGAUGGGCGGCGUGGUGAAGAUGGUGGCUUUGUCGACUUUGUGCUGCAAGGGCUGCCUUUACUUUCUAUGGCACUGGAGGAGGGUGGUGGCAUGAUUAAACUUCAAAGAUUACGCGGUGAAUCGGGAGAGCUGAAGAGAGUGUAG